AUGUCCUUGAUUGUGUUCACAUUAUUUUGUUCUUUCGUUUUAAAUGAUGCAAAACACUUCAAUGGAGGAACAAUCAACUGGGCACCCGUUGAUCCGUAUGAUAAUUCUACUUCAGUUGCUAUUACUAUUACACAGUCUUAUUCGUGGACAUAUCCAGAUAUACAAUGUGCCAACGAUGUACCAAUCUCAACAAGUGGACGGGGUGGUAUGAACACUAAUUUGAUUUGCGUUGUUGACUGUUCGACUGAUGGUGGUUAUUCUAGUGCACCAAUUGAUAUUCUAACUGAUUGUACAUCCGCUAGUUUAUCAUUGAAAAUGAUGACAAGUCAACGAUCGAAAAAUGUUACACUGUCUGUUGAUGCACAUUUUUAUUUAGCUUAUGUAGGAAAUGCUUGGGUAGCAUUAAAUGAUCCUCCUCAACAAGGUCUUGAAUGGUCUAUUGUAACAUACAUUGAUCUUCAUAAACGAGCCGAUGGGUUCAUUAAUACUCCACCUGUUGCCAAAAUUGUUUCUCCACAAUAUGCUAUUGUAAACAGAACAAUCCAGAUUAACAUACCUGUUUCGGAUGCCAAUGCUGGUGAUGAUGUACGUUGUCGAUGGUCAAAAUAUACAGCUGGAUAUCGAAGACGAAAACGAUCCAACAAAGAAGAACAUAUUAAGCAUCUACCUAGUAUUCAUUUUUAUAAAGAAGUAGCUAGUGAUAGAGAACUAAUUCAUAUUAGAAAAAAAAGAGACUGUGCCGGCAGCUGCAAUGUUUCAUGUGCAUAUGGUUGUGCAUGCAGUUGUGCUGAUUGUGUUUCCACAACAUGUACUGGUUCGACAUGUAUUGAAACUGGAGGUUGUGCAACUCAAGUAACUACGACUACAACAGAUACGACCAGUACGACUGAUACAACAAGUACAACCGAUACAACUACUACUGAAAUUCAAGGAACACUUAGAUCAACUUCGUCAUAUCCAAAUCGUCAACCGCUAGACGAAUGUGGUGAUAUUUGUCAUCCAAACAGUGUACCUAACGAUACUACUCUGUCCAACUGUACUAUCACAUUCACCGGUCUUAAAGCUGGAGUCUGGUAUGCAGUUGCUAUUCAGGUUGAAGAUUUUAUUGAUGGAACAAGUACGACACCAAUGAGUUCAGUACCAGUUCAAUUUUUGAUUUAUGUUCAAUCACCUUGUUCACAGCAACCUAUAAUUUUCCCUCUAAACCGCUGCCUAGAAGUACAAAUAGGCGUUUCGAUUAGUUUUAAUCUAUCUGCAAUGAACUUAUGUGAUUCAACUGUGGAUCUACUUGCUGAUAUUGUUGUUUCAAAUGGAAUUACCGGUAUGACUCGUAGUAAUCUCACCAAUUCACCAACAAAUUCAUCGAUCUCCUAUGUCGAAUUUACUUGGACGCCACAGACAAAUCAAACUGGAUUACAGCAAUUAUGUACAAUUGCAAAUACAAUGUAA